CAAGCAGGCGAGCGGACUGGUACACCGCCACGGACGGCUUUUGUCAGACCUGCUUGAACGAUCAGCGAUUCGAACAUAGAAGACUGACAUGAAGUUUUGGAGUGGGAAGUUCCCGUGGUCCAGACGUGAGGCGCACGUCGUGAACCCCCAGGCAGCCUCUCCCGAACAGUUUGUGGACACCCUCUACGAAGGCGAUGAGAAUCCCGAGAGGGGUAACUGGACUGGCAAGCUCGACUUCCUGCUCUCCUGCCUGGGAUACGCUGUUGGCCUCGGCAACGUGUGGCGGUUCCCUUACCUCUGCUACCAGAACGGCGGCGGCGCCUUCCUUAUCCCGUACGCCAUCAUGCUGCUGGGCCUGGGCAUCCCUCUCUUCCUGCUGGAGCUCACCAUCGGCCAGUACAGCUCCAUGGCGCCUAUCACGCUCUUCAAGAACUACGCACCCGCACUGAGGGGACUGGGCGUGGCCAUGUUCCUGGCUUCCGUGGCGGUGGGCCUCUACUACAACAUGAUCAUCGCCUGGACGGUGUACUACAGCUACUCCAGCAUGACCUCAGAUCUGCCCUGGCAGUACUGCGGCCAGGAAUUCAAUACACCACAUUGCUUCAGCAACAGCGAGUACGAACGAUGCGACGCCAUGUACGGCAACACCACGUGGUGGAUCUACAACUACGGCCACUGCAUCACCAACACGACUGAAGCCGACCAACUGCAGGUCAACAGCACCGUACCCGUGGCCAACCGGACUUCGCCGGCCGAGGAGUACUUCACGCAUCACGUGCUGAAUCUGAGCGGCGGGAUCGACCACCUGGGCCAGGUGCAAUGGGGCUUGCUGCUGUCACUGUUCAUCGCCUGGAUGGUGGUGGGCGCUGCUCUCAUCAAGGGCGUCAAGUCCUCCGGAAAGGUGGUUUACUUCACGGCACUCUUCCCAUACGUCGUGCUUAUUAUCCUGCUGAUCCGAGGUGUUACCCUGCCGGGGGCUUACGAAGGCAUCAAGUUCUAUAUCGUGCCGGACUACUCCAAACUGACCGACAUCAGCGUGUGGGUGGCGGCCGCCGUGCAGAUCUUCUACUCGCUCAGCAUCGCAAGCGGAGGACUGAUCACCCUCGCCAGCUACAACAAAUUCCACAACAACGUUAUCAGGGACACGCUGAUCGUUUGCUUCGGUAACUGCUGCACGUCGGUGUUUGCCGGGUUCGCCAUCUUCUCCGUGCUUGGCUUCAUGGCCCGGGAGCUGGGCGUUCCCGUCUCAGAGGUGGUCUCCAGUGGAUCAGGCCUGGCGUUCGUGGCGUACCCGGACCUGGUGACGCGCCUGCCCGUCUCCACACUGUGGGCGCUACUCUUCUUCCUCAUGCUCUUCACGCUCGGCCUAGACUCGCAGUUCGCCAUCGUCGAAAACAUUGUCACCUGCCUGCUGGACGAGUUCCCUAAGCUGCGCGCCAAGAAGCCCUGGGUGGUUGUGGGAGUCUGCGUUAUUCUCUUCCUCCUGGGCAUCCCACUCACCACCCAGGGCGGACGCUACAUUCUCGAUCUGCUGGACUACUACGCGGCCGGCUGGCCCUACCUCGUCAUUGGCCUAACAGAGCUGCUCGCCAUGUACUGGCUGUACGGCAUCCGCAACUACUACCGCGACCUCCUGGCCAUCCAGGGCUUCAGUCCUGGCAUGCGCCUGAAGGCCCACCUCACGGCCAUUUACGGCACCGUCUCGCCCCUGCUGGUCGGGGUGGUACUGAUUCUGGGCUGGGCGAACUUCACCCCGCUGGUCUCUGGAGGAUAUAAAUACCCCGCAUAUGCCAAUGGCAUAGGUUGGGCGGUGGCCAUCCUCAUCAUCUCAGUGAUCCCGCUAGGCUUCAUCUACAAUGUCGUCGUCGAGCAGAAGGGAAACAUUCUGGAUCGGCUGCGGCAGAGCAUACAGCCGACGGAGGCGUGGUCCCAGCACUCGCGGAAUAUCGCUCUGAAGGAGAAGACAACCGCUGCCGAGGAUGGUUUCGACACACCGUCCAGCGACCUCUACCCCGAGCUCACCAGCCAGUUGUAGUGGUGCACUCUAAGCCGUGACGAGGCCCAUGGAGGGAGAAGGGGGUCUUUUACCACAGUGUUUUACGGAGUGUUUUGGGACUUGCAUCAGUGUUUGAAAAAGAGCUGCUGUUUUCGUCCGAGGAUCUGUGUAGCUCGGGAGCUAGAGUGCUAGUCGUCAGUGGUUUGGCCUGCGACGAAUUUGCCACUCUGAAGCACUGCGAUCAGUGCUGAGGAGGUCCAACGCUGUAGGCAUGCAUUUAGCGUACGGUAAUGUGACAUACGCGAGUGUGGUCAGUAUUUUGAGCCCGCCUUAGGGAGGCACGUUUCUUGCUUGUUAUGUGCGGGACCAAUUUUUAUAUACUGCCUCGAGAUGCAGUUGUGUACUAUGUUCAUGUUGUGUGAUUUAGCUCACACCACCAGUAUUCCAUAUGUGGAAAUGAUACCAGUGUGAAUGUUCACAAGAUAUUCAUUUUGAAUGAGGUGGUGCCCUUCAUGUGAAGUGACGAGCUUGCAGUGACUAAAGGGACUGUGAUGUGCUGGGGUAUGUUGUGGUUUUCCAGUUUUGCUACCUGUUUGUGCUGCAUCUGGACUCCCACUGAAUACAAAAGUUGCACGUACUCGGGGCAUGACGUCGAUUUUUCCAUAACAAGCUGGGCAACGCGACGGGCAUAACUAGCAGACCAAAGUUCACAAACUUGUCUCGAUUGAAAUUCGCAUAUUUUAAAACGACUAUGAUGCCCCGUGCCGUGUACUUCGUAAGCCACAUGGAAGCACCGCGACGGCAGUCA